AAGAAACAACAAAAACAAUUCGUAUACUCUGAAGGGGUUUCCAAAACGAAUUCAGGAGGGCUGAAACAUAAAAGAUUGUCUGCUAAGGUCAUUUCAGUGGAUAUUAAUGAAGAGAACCCUGCCCGUUGUCCAGUUGAACUUCACCAAAAGUACAUGUCAUUGAGGCCAGUGGGUUGUGAUGACUUUUACCUUCUUCCACUCAAGUAUCCUAAGCCUAACCAGUGUUACUCUGCCGCUCCUAUAGGGAGACACGUUCUGUCUUGGGUGGUCAAGAGGCUCUGCGCCAGGGCCGGGUUUCAAGGAUUUUAUACAAGCCACUCCCUAAGGGCCACAACGGCCACACGCCUGUAUGAGAGCGGUUUGGAUGAGCAGCUGAUUGCCGAAAGGACAGGUCACAGAUCGACAGCUAUUCGUGCGUACAAAAGAACAAGCGAGGGCAUGUUAAAGAUUGUUGAUGUUGUCCAGAGGAAAACACCAACAACUGCCACAUCGGCAACUAGCUCGCCAACACCUCACGUCUCCGACACCACUGACCCCAAGAGACGUCAAGACGCCAACUGUUCAAAUGUUAAAACUGUACACUUCGUUGUUGAACGCGACGGUGCAAGAGUGACAUUUGACAUGUAAUAAAGGGAUGAAAACAU